CUGUUUUUCAGAUUCAAAUCUUGGGAGGCUGAUUUUAAUCAGUCUGUUGAAAAAGUUAAGCAACUAAAGAGAGAGCCGGACAUACCAACAAAAUUGAAGCUGUAUGGACUCUACAAACAGGCUACAAUUGGCGAUGUUGAGGGUAAGCGUCCAUUUCUGCUAUCGCCAGCCCAAGCGAAAUUCGAUGCUUGGAAGGAAUAUAAAGGGAAAUCAAAAGAUGAAGCACAGCAGAUGUACGUUGAAUUCGUCAAUAGUUUCUUAAUGAUGGAAACGAAAGCUGAGGCAGCGACAGCUCCAGAGGGCCUUGAGCCCGUACCAGGACUAGAUGUGACGUUGGAAAAUAAAUUGUGUUGGAUUAAGCUCAACCGUCCAAAUAAAUACAAUGCUCUAACUUGGGAGAUGUACAAUGGAAUAACAAAUGCUUUGAAUUAUGCAAAUGGCGCUGAUACUACAGUUACCGCAAUAACUGGAACCGGCGAUUAUUUCUGUAGUGGAAACGAUUUAUCAAAUUUUACGAAAGUUAAAAGCCCAGAAGAUUUACCACGCAUGGCUUCCGAUGCCGGCAAAUUGCUGCGUGAUUACGUUGAUGCAUAUAUCAAUCACAAGAAAGCACUGGUUGCACUUGUUAAUGGUCCUGCAAUAGGCAUCGCUGUUACUGUUCUUCCACUCUUUGAUUUGGUGGUUGCAUCUGAUAAGAUGCAACCACCAAAUCAAAGAGUGGAAGAACAGUAACA